AACAGAUUGCUAGUAUUAUUAUCUAGUGCACAAUUUUAUACAUUUGGUGUGAAGGCAUAAUAAAGGUUUCGAGUUAGUGAAUCGCCAGUAUCAAAUGAAUUGAAGUGAAGUGACAAAUGAAGAAGUAGGUGUGCUAGUUGUCAUGUACGAUAAAAAAUCAAUCAUACAAAUGAUGCACAAAAAUCUACGUUGGCAUGGAGUUCCAGCAGCACUGAAAAUACCUUCGAACUGGAGUCUUGUCUACAAUAACCGAUUCUAUCCGGAGUUAGUUUUGCAGGCAGCCCAGAAUGGAGAUUUGGAGGAAUUCAAGCGACUGAUUGAUGGCGACCCCAGACGGCUGAUGGUGAAGGAUACCAGCGGGCGUACGCCAGCACACUUGGCGGCUGCCAAAGACGAUGUCGCCAUUCUCAGUUUCAUUUAUGACCACGGAGGUGACUUGAACGAACAAGAUAGUUCCCUGAAUUCGCCGCUCCAUGAAGCCAUCGAAAAUGAUUCAUUGGACGCAAUAGAAUUUUUGUUAAAAAUGUAA